AUGAAACUUAUCUUCUGUCUGAGUAUCCUUGCUGGGGUGUUGCCCUUCGCUGAUUCGGUUGUACAGAAAGAAGACCAUGCUCCUUAUUUGGCGUACCUCAGAUCCCACUUCACACCUUGUGUGGGCGUACUUAUCAAAGUUAAUUGGGUACUAGCCCCGUCUCACUGCUACUUACCAAAUCUGAAAGUGAUGUUGGGAAAUUUUAAGACAAGAACCAUAGACGGAACAGAGCAGACCAUUAGCCCCAUUCACAUUAUCCGCUACUGGAACUACAGUGAUAGCAACCCGCAGGAUGAUAUCAUGCUCAUUAAACUGGCUCGUCCUGCGCAACUCAAUGCCAAAGUCCAGCCCAUUUCCAUCGCCAGCACCACCCCUAAGCCAGGCACCGUGUGCGUGCUCUCGGGGUUGGACUGGAGCCAAGAAAACAAUGGCAGACACCCUGAUUUAAGGCAGAAUAUGGAGGGUCCUCUCAUGACUGAUAAGGCAUGCCAGAACACUGAGCAAGGAAAGAGUCACAGAAACUCCUUAUGUGUCAAAUUUGUGAAAGUGUUCAACCGAGUUUUUGGGGAGGUGGCUGUUGCUACCGUCAUCUGCAAAGACAAACUCCAGGGGAUUGAGGUUGGACACUUCAUGGGAGGAGAUGUCGGCAUCUACACCAAUGUUCACAAAUACGUCUCCUGGAUCGACCAAGUCACUAAAGAGAGAAAAACAAACUGA